AUGAUGACGAUCAGCGAGAGUCAGUACUCAUCAAACAAGAUGUCCAGCAUCCACAAGGUCAACGAUCGCGUGGUACAUAAGGACAGCUUCGAUGACGUCACCAGCUCGUCCAGCGUGAACAGCUCGCUCAUAACAAAACGAGGAUUCAAGCCCUCCGAUAUGUUCGAUCCCAAAAAAAAAGAAUUCCUCACAAACCUCAGCUAUAAGCUAUUCCCUGUAAGUUGGAAUGACGUGGACGUCGGCCCCAUGCCUUUGCCUCCCCUGGAUCUACCAGAGGAUUUGGAGAACAAACCGAUCAUCGUGGGUGACAAAGAGGUGGACUUGAACAAGAUCUUCACGCCCGCACCUGAUGCUGAAGAGCAUAUCAUUAAGAAAGACAGGAAAUUCGAGAAAACAUUCGCAUCAUCAGCAUUCUACGUGCCCGGCGUUCACCCCACUGUUAAGGAGCAGAUGGACCUCGCUAAGGCCAUCUCCAAGUCUUUGUCGGACUCAAGCAACCAGAUGAGCAAGGGACAGAGCAUGUACGUGAACAGGAAGAAGAGAUCCGUCAAGUGGGUUCAUGAGGGACGAGGUCGCAACACAUCAAACACUUGCAGCACCCCCACGCCUGUCGCCAAUCACGACACACCAUACCGACCGCCUUCCAGCAUCAGAAACCAGAAAACCUAUCCGAAGUCCGCUCUCAAACACACGUCGAAUCUACCAAAGAUGGAGCCAUUCCCGGUAACACCGCCCACUAUAACUGUACAGAAUAUUGAGGUACCUGUACCGUUGGCGCCGACGAAACUGAAUGAUGUAUACGCGUCUCCAAAAAGCCCUCGCCUCCCGCUCGUAUGUGGACCAAACUUCAACGUAGCGCCGCGCGGCUGGGGACAAAUGAAAGAUUACUACCGACCUGUCUCACUAGAUGCCGUUGGCAACCCGGGCUACACAGACUAUUAA